AUGCAAGGUAUCAGAGAGGACGAUUGGCUACUGAUAUUUGUGCCCUCACCAGUUAGGAUUGUCCAAAGAUUUGUAGAUACUGGGAAUUCAUCAGUGUCCCGUCUUACCACAAAGAUGCAAAAGGAAGUACGUGAGGAUUUCCAUUGGAUUUUGUUGCAUCCUAGAGUUGGAAGGGGAUCCAUUUUAGUGGUGGUGUAUCUGGGUGCCAUAUUGCCAUGGUUUCUCGUUGUGAAAAUAGUGUCAAAAUUGGCAGUUGGUGAUAUUGAGGUUAUGGAACACUCAAGUGAUGCAUCCCCUUCCCAAGCAACACCUACUGCCACAACUGAACCUGUUGCCCAAGCUGCCCAAGCUGUACCUACUGCCCAUGCUGAGGUUCCCCCACUUCCACCUAAAGGUAAAGGCAAUGUCUGUACUAAUAGGAAAAAGUCUAUUGCCUGGAACCAUUUUGAAAAAGUAGAUAUUGGUGAUGGUCAUUUUAAGGCUGCUUGUAAUUACUGUCAAAAAACUUAUCUAGCUGAUAGUAAGGGGCAUGGUACUGCUAACUUGUUGAAUCAUACACCAAUCUGUGUUAAAAACCCUAAUAGAAAGAUACUUAGUGGGCAACAAACCUUAAUGUUUGAACCUAAAAUGGAUGGGGAGGAAGGGUUUCAGCUUGUACCGACAGCCUUUACUGUUGAGGCUUCUAGAAAGGCACUUGCUGAAAUGGUUAUAAUAGAUGAGUUGCCUUUUAGGUUUGUUGAAGGGUAUGGGUUUCAAAGAUAUGCAACAACCUUACAACCUAAGUUGCGAAUUAGGGAUAUCCCAUCUCGUCAAACUAUAGCUAGGGAUGUGAUUAGCAUUUAUGGUGUUGAGAGAGAGAAACUAAGGGGGGCUUUGAAGGGUCGUAGGGUGUGUCUUACUACGGACACAUGGACGAGUAUUCAAAAUCUGUGUUAUAUGUCCCUUACUGGUCAUUUUAUUGAUGAUGAUUGGAAGUUACAUAAGAGAAUUUUGAAUUUUUGUCAAGUUGAAGACCACAAGGGAGAGACCAUAGGUAGGAAGAUUGAGUUGUGUUUGCAUGAGUGGGGUAUUAAUGGCAUAUUCACUUUAACAGUGGACAAUGCUAGCUCAAAUGGUGCCACUAUUAAGUUUUUGGAGAAUGUAACUAAAGAUUGGGAGGGAACUGUUUUAGAACAUGAGUUCUUACACAUGAGGUGUUGUGCACAUAUCCUAAAUUUGAUUGUGGGGGAUGGUAUGAGAGAAAUUGAUGCGUCCAUUGCAAAGGUGCGUGAAGCUGUGAGGUAUGUGAAGUCCUCACCAAAUAGGAAUCAAACUUUUGUGGGUUUUGUGGAGAGAUUAGGUAUUGAGUCUAAGUCUCUUCUUUGUCUAGAUGUACCAACUAGGUGGAACUCUACCUACCUCAUGUUAGAAACCGCACAAAAAUUUGAAAAAGUGUUCAUACGUAUGGACUUUGAGGAUGAUAGUUAUUCUUCAUACUUUAUGAACAAGGAGAAUAGUGGUGGUAUGGGAUCUCCUAGUAGUAUUGAUUUUCAAAAUUGUAGGAUAUUUGUGGGGUUUUUGAAGCUUUUUUACAAUGCCACAAAAAAGUUUUCAGGUUCUUUGUAUGUUACUGCCAACACCUUUUUUGAUGAGAUGUUUGUCAUUCAAGAGAAUAUUUCCAAUUUAAGUAAAUCACAAAACCACCUCUUGAAAAACAUGGCAACUAAAAUGGAAUCUAAGUUUGAUAAGUAUUGGGGGAAAGGGGAUAAAAUGAAUCAUCUCUUGUAUGUGGCUGUGAUUCUUGAUCCAAGAAAGAAGUUGAGGUUUUUGAAGUUCUGUUUUUCUGAAAUUUAUGGAAAUGAAGUGGCUGAUGUGAUGGUUGAAUUGGUGAGGGGUGCCUUGGUCAAGUUGUAUGAUUUUUAUUCUCGAGUUGAUUCAUCAAAUGUACAAGUAGCAAGUGAGAGGGAGAGGACACACAUAGAAGGUGAGUCAAUAGGUUGUAGUGAUCCAUAUGUGAUGGUUAAUUCUAGGUUUGAACGGUUUUUGGAGGCUGAGCAGUCCAUAGGGUGUAGCAAUGAGAUUGACAAAUAUUUGGCUGAAAAUUGUGAAAGUAGAAGAGGGGAUGUGAAAUUUGAGAUAUUAGGGUGGUGGAAGGCCAAUUCAGAUAGAUAUCAAGUGCUGUCCAAAUUGGCUAGGGAUGUGCUGGCUGUACCUGUUUCUACUGUUGCAUCUGAGUCGGCGUUUAGUACCGGAGGACGCAUACUUGAUCCAUUUCGGAGUUCACUCUCCCCACUUAUGGUUCAAAAUCUGGUUUGUGCACAAGACUGGCUUCAAGCCUUGGUUCCAAUUUCUUUUCGCAAAUCAAAAGAUGAGGUAGAGGUCUUGGAAGAUGAAUUUCAUGAUUUAGUUAUACGUCAAGCAGCAAGAGGUGGUGGAAGUUCAAGCUCAAGCAAAGGUAUCUCAAUUAACAUUGAUGACUAAUCAAAAACUGGGAGGAAGGACACACAUUUUGUAUAGGAGGCAG